AAACAAGUAGAAGCAAAAGCAACAAUGGCUCAAGCAACUUUCACAGCCGAAGAUCAAAAGAUUGAGUCUUUUAGGUUACUAAGUGGCCACAAAAUCCCUGCAAUUGGGUUAGGCACUUGGAGAUCCGGUUCACAAGCCGAUAACUCCGUCAAGACCGCCAUUGUUGAGGGUGGUUAUAGACAUAUAGAUACAGCUUGGGAAUACGGUGUUCAAGAAAGUGUUGGCCAUGGAGUCAAAGCAGCAAUACAUGCAGGAGUAGAAAGAAGGGAUCUUUUCAUUACAUCCAAGCUAUGGUGCACCGAGUUGAGUCCAGAACGUGUUCGACCUGCUUUAUUGAACACCCUCCAAGAACUCCAACUUGAAUACCUUGAUCUUUACCUGAUACAUUGGCCAUUUAGGCUAGCAGAUGGAGCAAGCAGACCACCUAAACCUGGUGACGUACAAGAAAUGGACAUGGAAGGUGUUUGGAGAGAAAUGGAGAGACUUGUAGAAGACAAGCUGGUUAGAGAUAUUGGUGUGUGUAAUUUUACACUGAAGAAGAUGAACAAGUUGCUUGGUUUUGCUGAAACUAUGCCAUCUGUUUGUCAAAUGGAAAUGCAUCCUGGUUGGAGAAAUGAUAAGAUGUUGGAAGCUUGUAAACAGAAUGGCAUCCAUGUCACUGCAUAUUCACCACUUGGUUCACAAGAAGGUGGUAGGGACCUAAUCCAUGAUGAAACAGUGGAUAGAAUAGCAAAGAAGCUGAACAAAACACCAGGACAAGUGCUGGUAAAAUGGGCUAUACAAAGGGGAACAAGUGUCAUACCCAAAUCAAACAACACUGAUAGGAUCAAAGAAAACAUUAAGGUGUUUGGGUGGGAAUUGCCACAAGAGGAUUUUCAAGCUCUUUGUAACAUCCCUGAUCAGAAGAGAGUGUUGCAUGGAGAACAAUUGUUUGUGAACAAGAAUGCAGGGCUUUUAAGAAGUGUGGCUGAUGUAUGGGAUCAUGAAGAUUAGUAAUAAUAUAAUCCCAUUUUACAAUGUUGAUGUUCUUAUCAAUAAAUAAGAUGAUGGGGAUGAGGAUGAGGAUGAUGAUGAUUCCAUGUGUGUUUGUAGUGAUGAUGAUAUGUUCUUAUAAAUAAAUUAUGCUGUUUCUAUACAGUAGUUUUUCUAGAAA